AUGACCAAGGCCGAGUUCUGCAGAGCCACUGGUGCUAACUCAAACUCCCUUAACAAAUUCCUCAAGCAGAAAGGUCCCUUUGGCGGAUCUAACAGUGCUGUCUGGCGUAAUGCAUAUGUAUGGUUUCAACAACGUGAAGUCAUGGGUCUCAAGAUGCCAGAUGCCAAGAAACGCCAGCUCAAGGAGAGCAAGAAAGAGGCUCCUGACGGAACUCACUCUAAAGGCGUAGCCCUUCCUGAUAUCAACGACGUUCCCAUCUUCGACGACUGCGAUGAGAUCCGCCGCAAGAUAAACGCACACAUGAAAAUCCCAAGUAUGACGCAAGCGCAGUUCUGCAGGGAUAUCUACGCGCAGUUCAAAGCACCAAUGUGCAAGGGUAUACAGUCAAAGCAGCUUUCGGACUUUCGAAAGGCGAAGAGUAGUGUGUUUUAUGGGGCGUAUGUUUAUUUUGAGAAGAUGAGGAUUGCGCAGAAGAAGCCGGUCACGAAACAUAGAGUUGAGAUGACGUUUAUGCAUCCUGGGGGCAUUCCGAGAGAUCGAGAUGACAGGACUACCUGGUUCAUCGGUGCGGCUUGA